CCCUUUUUCCUAGUGUUCCUAGCCUAAUUUAUUUUCGUUACACCCAUGACCUAGCUCCCUUUCACUCUGGACAUUGCUCUCUCUGUCGCUUUCUCGCUCGCCAUGAUCGUCUGAAGAACUCCAGUGGUCCCAUCGAUUCCAACCUGUUAGGGUUUUGGUUGGAGUUCUUUGAAAAUCGCUAAAAGUAACGGUUGAGGAUUGUAGGGGUUUUGUACAACUUGUGCUGUUUAUUUUUGUUGCUCGAUUUGGUUUCACAGUUUCUUUCCAUACAAACUUCAGGGAGUAUUUUCAGCUUGCAAACAAAUCAGGUUAUUCAAAAAGAUAACGAAUAUUCAAGUGAUUCAAGUUCCAAAAAAAACCAUGUUGUCUUUUGCUUUGUGUAAUUGUGAUGAUCUUCAUUCAAACGGGGGGUUUGAUGAUAACGUUUGUGAAACCUGAUAGGGAGCAGGGAGACAAUGAUGAUAAAGAAAAGAAACCAUUGUAGGUAAUAAUAUAUUAUUAUAGAUGAAGUUGACAAGCAAAGGUUUGUUCUCAAUACUAAGAUACAAGUCCCCAGUGUAUGAGCCAACCAAUCUUCUCUAUAAGCAGCAAUGUCGAACCAUAGUGAAAGUCCGUUUGAAAUGGGUGAAGAACCGAACCCUAGACCAUAUCAUUGACACCCACACCGACCUCAAGGCUGCUUUCCUCAUCAGGGAUGCCAUCAAUCGCUCCUCCACAUCCUACAUCACCUCCAAGUCCAUCUCCGAAUGGCAAAAGCUCCUUGGCCUCACUGUCCCCACCCUUCGCUUCAUUCGCCGUUACCCAACUCUAUUUGAAGAGUUCCCUCACCCCAAGUACCCUAGCUUACCCUGUUUUCGCCUCACUCAUAUUGCUACAACUUUGCACAAUCAAGAGCUGAUUCUUUACCAGACCCAUGAAUCUGAUAUUGUCCAACGCCUUUGUCGGCUUCUCAUGAUGACCAAGAACAAAAUGAUUCCUCUUCAAUCACUUCAUCCUUUGAAAUGGGACCUGGGUUUGCCUGAUGAUUUUGAUAGAAACCUAGUUAACAAGUAUCCGGAUCAAUUUCAAGUUGUUAAAGGGUCGAAUGGGUUGCUGUCUCUUAAACUCGAGCAAUGGCACGAAGAUUUUGCCGUUUCUGAGUUGCAGAAGAGUAAUGAGAAUGGUGGUAAAUUGGGCAGCAGUAGCAGUAGUGGUGAGUAUAGGCAAUUUAAGAGGGGGCAAACUGCAUUGGUGUUCCCAAUGAGUUUUCCGAGGGGUUAUGGAGCACAAAAAAAAGUGAGGGCAUGGAUGGAGGAGUUUCAGAAGUUGCCAUACAUUUCUCCAUACGAUGACUCUAGUAGAAUUGACCCCAAUAGCGAGCUUAUGGAGAAGAGGGUUGUUGGGGUUUUACAUGAGUUUUUGAGCUUGACCAUGUAUAAGAAGACUAAGAGGAACUACUUGAGAAGCUUGAGAGAGGAGUUGAAUCUUCCUCACAAGUUUACACGAAUCUUUACAAGGUAUCCAGGGAUAUUCUACCUCUCGUUGAAGUGCAAGACAACCACUGUGGCACUAAAAGAAGGUUACCGGCGUGGAAGAUUAGUGGACCCUCAUCCGCUUGUACGUUCAAGAGAGAAGUUUUAUUAUGUAAUGAGGACUGGGUUGAUUUAUCGGAAUAAAGGUUUCGAUUUGAUACCUCAGCUUGACAAUUUGGCUAAUGAUGGGGUGGAUGGGAUGGAACAAGAAGAGUCCGAGGAAGAAGAGUUUGAAACCGUGGAUGAAUGCUAUGAAGAGGAAACUUCAGGGGUUGAAGUGGAUUCUGAUGAAGAUUAGUGUUCUAUCCAACAAAGAAUGGCUGUCCUGAAAAAUGGAAUAGAGUUUCACCUUUGGAGGUGCAGAGUCGAAGAUUGUACUUGGAGUUGGAAAGCUCCAUUUGUCUUCAGUCUCGGGGCCAUUUUAUGUAUAGGCGGAACGCCAUUGUAUUUGUCAAGGGUCAAACCCUUUUUGUUUAUGUAAUUGCAAGCCUAAGAGCAUUUUUACCAAUUGAAAUCCAUUGUUACGUCAUAUGUAUAACCGUGAGGGAACUUCUAUUGUUUAUUUACGAUCAUGAUUGUAGCUUCCACAUGUUUAUUUAUUAAAUUAAUCGUAAUAAUGAUUGAGGUAAUGAUAACUGGGUUCUUAAGA